AUGUGUCGGGGCUUGGGUACAGAGGAAGAAUGUGGCGCAAUCGGUGAUGGCGAGGCUGGUGAUGAGUGGAGGACGUGUCGAAGGGUGCCGUGCGCGGGUGGACACUUGCAAAGUCUCGGAUACCGUCUGAUGGAUGGCGAGCCAGUGAACACGCACGGUUGGCACCGCCUCUCACCCCUCGAAUCUAUUGAGCCGGCCUGUCGAUGCCCGCUCCACUGA